CAUUGUUCCUACUGGACUGGCUUGAGGGGCUGGAAUACUUUCAUGGUACUAUGUUCAUAGGAAUCUGGGUGUGUUUUAAACAGUUCCAGUGAGAUUACAUGGUGCCAAUGCCAUGCACAUUGAUUACUUAGAUACAGUGAAGGGCAGUGAGGAAGAUGCUAAUUUUGGCAGGUGGACAGUACCUCCUUGAAAGGCCACAGGUAGAAAGGCCACUCGCAGGGAGUAUAUAUCUCUCCCAGUCUUAUUCAAGGCCAGCGACAUGUUCUUGUAACCCUCAAUCAUGAUGUCCCAUGGGGCCACUGCGCCUGGGCAGGAGGCCAUAGGUCAGAGGUGGCACCAAGGAUUGGGAUUUCUGUACCUGCCUCUCCUAAGAGGGAAAGAAAACACCUAGACAUCAACAAUGUGCGAAUAUUAAAUUUCAGGACUCCUGUUUUGAAAGGCCAGUAUGUCUCAUUUGCAGGUUGGUCACCUUCAGGUAAAGAUUCACAGCUUGGCGAUGAAUCUGUUUGACCACAUUACAAUGUACCUUCUAUAACUGACAAUUCCUGGUGUAGGGCUUUAACCCAAAUGUAUAGGUGCCAAGGGUAUUACCACGGAUGCCCUGUACAUUGCCUUUUGAGCUGCGUUCAAUUAACUAUGGAUUUUGAGGUCAUUCUUUGUCAAAAACAGCAGGUGAGUGUGCCCCACCUACCACAGUCUGGCCAGUGUUUACCUCCACAGACAAAUUAUCUGCUUGUGGGACUUUGCUGUGUGCAGACUGAUUGUGCACAGCAAAAUUCCAAACAAGCUUUUCAGAUAAAGCUCCUCACGUCGCUGGAUGCCUAAAAUAGACGUUAGGCCCCUUCUAUGAGGUAACGAGGGGCCUGACAAAGGACGUGUUUUCAAGUUGCAGCCUUUGGGAACACUGCCAGAAGUUGUUGACGAGUAGUGGUAAUCCUUCCCCAGCCCCCUCCACAUGAAAACAAAAGCAAGCUGAUAUAUCUCCCAGCCAAGCCUCUCUUUGCAGUGUAACCAAUAAAUACGCGCAGUUGGAAAACUGGACUCUAACCUGACUGAUUGCAUCAAAAUACUUUGGAAAGCAAAAGGAAACAGCGAGCUUUUGAAAAGACCAGUUCCGUCACAAACAUAACAGAAGCCCAGCGAGUUUUCAGUAAAGCAGCCGACAAGAUUUUGAAAGUUGGCAAAUGGAAAGCAUGGAGGUUUCUGGAAGGACGUCUUGGCUCAGUCUCCAGGAAUUCCUGAUAUUCCUGACUGUCUUCUUGCUGGUAACUCUGGUGAUCCGGGGGAGAAGGAACAGCAAUCUGCCUCCGGGGCCCUCUGCGUGGUCUUUUCAUGGAAACAUCUUCCACCGUGACCAGCCUGCUCCACAAGUCGUGGCUGCUGAGCUCUCCAGGAAAUAUGGAAACAUUUUUACGACACAUAUCCUGUGGAUACCCAUCAUUAUUCUGAACGGCUUUCAGACCAUCCAGGAGGCUCUGAUCCAGCAUGGCAGAGAAUUCGCGGGGCGACCAAAUAUGAUUAUCAAUAACCUUCUGUCAAAAGGUCAAGGUAUUCUAACGGCCCAAUACGACAGGUCCUGGAAACAGCAACGUAGGUUUGCCCUGACUGUCCUGAGAAACUUUGGUUUAGGGCAAUUUGCCUUUGAGGACAGAAUAUUGGAAGAGGCUCAUUACUUAGCUGCGGCUUUCAGAGAAUCUGAAGGGUCUUCCUUUGAUCCCCAGGCCAUCAUCACCAGUGCGGUUUCCAAUGUGACCUGCAAAGUCAUCUUCGGCGAGCGUUUCCAUUACCAGGACAGGAAAUUCAUGAGACUUGUCGCGUUGUUCGAUGAGGCUCUGAAACUUCAGGGAGGAUUCUGGGCAAUGGUAUGUGCUGCAGUUCCCAACUUCCAUCGUUUCCCAGGGCCUCAUCAGAGGAUCUUUGAAAACAAGGUUCAAAUUGAAGCUAUUCUCCAGGAUUUCAUUCAGCAGCACAAAGUCUCACUGGAUGCUGAAAGGAUCCGUGAUUUCAUUGAUGCCUACCUGCUGGAAAUGGAGAAGGAGCGUAACUUCCCUGGUUCUUGUUUAACGGAUGGAAACCUGCUGUAUAAUAUUUACGACCUCUUCCUGGCUGGCACUGAAUCCACCAUGACCACACUCCGCUGGGCUCUUCUGUAUAUGAUGGCUUAUCCGGAUGUACAAGAGAAUUGCCAGAAGGAGAUUGACGAGGUGAUUGGCAGCUCCCGCGACCCAUCAUUGGACGAUAGGCCCAAAAUGCCAUAUGUUAACGCUGUCAUUCAUGAGAUUCAAAGAUUUGGCAACAUUAUUCCGUUUUCAGUCAGUCAUGCUACAACACAAGACACUGAAUUUAUGGGAUACACAUUGAAAAAGGGCACUGUUGUUUUAAUAAACCUGUCAUCAGUCUUGCUUGAGGAGGGCCAAUGGAAGCAUCCAAACCAGUUCAACCCCGAAAACUUUCUGAAUGAAAAUGGAGAGUUCUUCAAACCAGAUGCCUUCAUUCCAUUCUCGAUGGGUUUGCGAGCGUGCCUUGGGGAGAAACUAGCCAAAAUGGAGCUCUUCCUUUUCUUCACCGCUAUGCUUCAGAACUUUGAGUUUCGUUGGCCUGACAAAACCUCACCUCCAGACCUCAAAGGCUCGUUCAAAAUCAUAAUGGCACCACGACCGUAUAAGCUGGAACUAAGGAGUAGGAUGGUCCACUACAAUGGCCUGUGAAUGGCAGUGAUAAGGAGGUGGGUUUCUCUCCAGAGAAGGCUUGUGAAUCAAUGAUAAGGAGAUGGAUCAUCUUUCUUUAUCUCAUGAUUGGCAAUGUAGAGGGUGGUUUACAUAUGUUUGAGUGCGAAUAGGCUAUUUGGCCCUUCUAGACCCAUGCCACUAUUCAAUUGGAUCAUUGCUGGUCUAUAACUAACUCCAUUGAUCCAUUUCUGUUCCAUCUGUCUCAGUUAGAAAACUUUAUUGAUGUCAGUCAUGAUUUGGAGAUGCCGGUGUUGGACUGGGGUGUACAAAAUUAAAAAUCACACAACAGCAAGUUAUA